UUUAAAGGGUAAAAAUAAAGUCAAUUCAGUCAAUACAUGUAGACACGGAAUGGACACACUUAGGGUAAUUCCCUACCUUUACAGUGGUUCAUAACAUUCCUGGCUAUAUUUGUGGUGUGGAAUGUAUAACAAGACAAGCUACCUUAAAAAUAGAAUGGCAGCCAGUUUUUAUUGGUAGGCGAUACUGAAGUACCUGAUAAAAUCACCAACCUUUGCAGGAAAUCUGCAAAUACUUGUCAAAAAAUGGAGUAAAGGGAUUUUACCACUGAACAAUUGAUAACUCGGGUUAUAGCAUUGGAAAAGCAUAGCGAUAGACAGAUGGAGAGAUAUGUAAAAGAGAUAACGGAAUACAAAGGAACUGUGAUUGAACUGCAAAGGGAAAAAGAACGUUCUGAAAAAAAAAAUAACGAACUGAACGAACAAAUCAAAUAUAUUAAAAAGUCUUGGGAAUCAAUAAAAAAUCUACAUAUUUUGGAUAGAGAACGACAUUACAAAUCGUUCCGCGAAUCUUCGUAUUUAUUAGAUAAUGAAAAUCUUCACAGCUUGACAGUGCGUUACGACAAUGCUGAUGUUUAUGCAAGUAAGGAAUUUUUAAAGUCUCUCUUAUUAAAGCAAACAGAGAAUGAAGUGCAACAAGAAAAACAAUUGAAUGCGGCAAAAGCGAAAGAAAAUGAAAUGACUAAGGAAAUAGAGUUGCUGUAUAUAUCUUUGGAAAACGAACGGAAAGAAUUCGACAAAACAAAAACACGCUUAGAAGAAGCAGAAAAACUUGAAUGUCAAUUGAUAACCAAAAUACAACUGCUGCAGCAAUCCUUUGAAGAAAACAGAAGGGUAUUUGACGAAAAGGAAAAACAAAUGAAAGGUACAAUACAGCAAAAAGAUCAAGAAAUAAGGAAAGUUCAUAGGCUUUUGAAAGAACAACAACAUACAAUGGGUGAAAUAAAGCGGAUGUCAAAAAUAUCAUUUAUGAAAGUUAAUAAAAGUAAUACAAUCGAUGAUGUUGAAACUUUAAAGAAGGAAUUAGCAGACGUACAAGCGAUCCAACAAAGAGUUGAAGAACGCAGAAAUUUUCGUCCAAAAAAAGAAAUUAUGGAAAGAUAUGGAAUAAAAGUGGAUGGAAAAAUAACCGAAGCUGAUAGUGAAGACUCCUCCUUAAGAGACACACCGCCGAGUACUCUGAACUAUAAUAACAGCGAAGAGAGUUUGUCAACGCAUUGGGAAGAACACCGGAAAGAAAAACACCAGACAAGGAAAAAUUUACACACAAUUAUUAAUCCAAAGAGUGUUAACAUUUAUAAUUGAGUCGUCAUCUAAAUGCUAUGGAGCAGCACAUUUGGAGAAACCAAUCGUCAUCAUAUUUUUUACCAAGCAAUAUCAGAACAAUUGAUGCAGCAGGUAUGCAACAUUGAAGAAAAAAGCGUACCAUGACUGCGUUCGCACAUGUAUAUAUGGAAUGGGUAGUGCAAUGAACACGAACUAUGACAAUUUCAAACUUCAUCAAACUAAUUUAUUGGGGUUUGUUUUCCAUUCUCUUGGAAAAUUUGAAUUUUGUUUUGGUUUUGCAUGGCUUUUACAAUACUGCUUGUAUAUAACCCUGAAUGAAUAUCUCUUAUUUAUACUCUAUUUAGGUAAUCGUAAAAAUCACAAGAACUCUUGUAGUUACUAGAGUAUAUAAUCGUCCAUACGUUUGUCUGUUAACUUGUUGUACAAAAGCAAGGUAAUGCUUUGAUAAGGUUUUAGGAAAUGUUCAUGGUAUAUUUGAAUCUAUGGAAGCAAAAUGCUUUCCAUUUGGAAAAGGUUUAUCGUUCAAAAGUUUAUAGACUUACCGUCAAAUUUAAGGCAAUUUUUCACACAUUGCUCACUUUCUGAAAUAUAUUUCCAUUGAUGACUCGAAUCUUUACACUGUUCAGGGAAAUUGAAAAUGUUUGUUACACUGUUGAGGGAAUUUGAAAAUGUAUGCUAACUUUCGCUUAAAAUUGGCCCUACUUGCUGUUCGAGAGUUAAGGAUUUUAAGGAACUUUAAAAGUUAUGAUUUUUUUAAUGUCAUACAUUCCGCCGAGUAUGAUCUGUAUAGUUUACUUGAAACGGUACACUAUCGUUUUGAUUUUUAUUUAAAAAUAAUCUGCAUUUAGCGAUAAAAAAUUCUCCUAAUUGUCCGGUUGCAUACGAAAAAGGGUCGAAAAAAAUAUUUCCUUGAAUUUGACUGUUGUGCGAAAUUAAUCCUACAUUUCAUUGCAGUAGAAAAAUUCUGAGUCAUAAACAUAUAUCUUGGGUGUUUCAAAGCAACAUCCUUUUUUUAUUUGAUGUUUCUAUAGAAUAAUUUUGAAACUUGAGGUUACAUUGUUACUUAAGCUUGUACAAAGGAAAAUAAGGGUGAAAAUUUGAUUGGUUAACUUCCAGUGAUGGUGUAUUUCUUAUAUGCAAUGAAAUGUUAUGUGAUUUGUUUUUGUAAUACUGAACAGGAUAUAACUUUACUCAUGCCAAGUAUUUCUUUAUUUGAAACAAAGAUAAAUUCUGCACAUUUUUUUGAAAAGUGCAAAUUAAACAAAGACUAAUAGGGAAAAACAAUGGUGGUAUAACACCUAUUAUGGGAAGCUGCACAUGCACCAUUGAUCUUGUAUGUACUCUCAUUUGUUAAAAUUUCAUGCUUUUUCAGUGAAAUAUUGCGAACAUGAAAUAUUCUGAUUGGAUUGAGUCUCAAAAAAACAUUCUAAGAGAAAAUUGCUUUGAAAUAGGACUCUACCAUGCAUAUUAGUAGACAGAGCAAGCCAUACACAGUGUUUUGGGGAGCUUUUUCUGACUUUUUCUCCUUAUUUCUUAUAUUUUGCUAUGAUAGAAAACUUUUUCCU